CCGUUGCCGCGGCAACGCCGGCCCCGGCCUUGUUCUCCCGCCCCCGCGUUGCAAAGCUGCCGGCAUGGCCUCGGCGCAGCCCGCCCGCACCUACAGCUACUUCAGCCAGCCCCGCGCCCUGCCCGCGCGCCGCGCCUACCGCGGGCCCGCCGAGCAGCCCGAGGAGCCGCGGCGCUAUGCCAACCUCAUGUACGACCGGCGCGUGGUGCGGGGCAGCACCUACGCCUUGCCCCAGCUGCCCUGGGGUCCUCAGCCAGAUCCUCUUGAAGUCCAAAGGCAGGAAGAGGAACGCAGAAAAGCACGUGCCAGAAAGCGGGCAAAGGAGCAUCUGCAGACAAGAACUCCUGAGCCUGUAGAAGGCAGAAAGCACAUUGAUGUGCAAACAGAGUUAUAUUUGGAAGAGCUUGGUGACCGCAUAAUAGAAGUUGAUGUGGAGUGUCAAACAGAUGCAUUUCUGGACAGGCCGCCUACUCCACUCUUCAUUCCAGCUAAGACAGGGAGAGAUGCUGCUACACAGAUACAAGAAGGAGAGCUGUUUGACUUUGACAUUGAAGUCAAACCAAUGCUGGAAGUUUUGGUUGGAAAAACCAUUGAACAAGCUUUGCUGGAAGUGAUGGAAGAAGAGGAGUUGGCCAAUCUGCGGGCACAUCAGUACGCAUUUGAGGAACUGCGGAAUGCAGAGCUUGCUGAAGUACAACGCCUUGAAGAACAGGAGCGGCGCCACAGAGAGGAAAAGGAACGUCGCAAACGCCAGCAGGUACAAGUGCUUCAAAAGCAGAAGGAGACUUCAGAGAAAAUCGCAGCUCGGGCUUUUGCACAAUGUUACCUGGCUGAUCUCAUUCCUUCAGUUUUCAGCAGCCUUCGUGAGAGUGGAUAUUUCUAUGAUCCUGUAGAAAGAGAUAUUGAGAUGGAUUUCCUUCCAUGGUUGAUGAAAGAAGUAGAAAAGACAUUGGAGAAGAAGAUUUUGGGAAGAACAAUGCUUGAUUCCUUGAUUCGUGUGGUGGUUGAAAAGAGGUUGGAUGCAUUUGAUCAGGCAAACACUUCACAAGCAAAAGUUUCUGGACACACAGAAGUUUUUGGUCAGGCAGAUCAAGCAUCUAGUCAGGUAUCAUCAAGUCAAACCUCUGUUCAGCUAAACAUGUCACAUCAAACAGAGACUUGGGAGCCUGAAACCAAGUGAUGACCAAACCAAACAUCCGGUAAUCAGGUAUUGACAAAUAAACCAUGGAUCUCAGCAAAGAAAGAGGUAUUAAGGGCUACCUGUAGAUAUUGCCUUGUCAAAGAUACCAAAUAAGUACAGAGGUGUAGCAAGGUCAGUGAGCGCCCAGGGUGCGGGGAGAGAGGGUGAGCAUAUGACAACCACUGGAGACUUGGAGAGGGGAGCAGGGUGUGGAUAAAUGGAAGGGAAGUUUUACUUGCCUGUGCUACUGCUGCC